CAGGUUUCACAUGUGAUGAAUUCUGCAGGGAAGAAGAGGAAACUGGAGGAUGACCUCGAGGCAGGAGAGACGAUGCUGCAGCAGAACUCUGCAGCUGGCUCAGAGAAGAACCCAGUGGUGGCGGAUUCUUCAGGCAAAAACAAAGAACCAGGGAAGAAGAGGAAACUGGAGGAUGACCCCAAGACAGGAGGGAGGAUGCUGCAGCAGAAAUCUGCAGCUGGCUCCAAGAAGAACCAGGUGGUGUCGGAUUCUUCAGGCAAAAACAAAGAACCAGGUGAUUUGAAGAACCCCGAGCUUGUUAAGGUGCAACCAUCGUCCUCCUGGAGGAAACCGAUCGCAGAGCUACAGAAUGGUGUCGAUCUCAGUCAGAAAACCGUUGUAGGAAAAGUUGUGAAGAAAUCUGACCUACAUACAUAUGAAACCAAGGACAAGCAAAAGAGGUUCUUCUUCUACCUGGGAAUCGCUGAUGACAGCGCCUGCAUCAAAGUGAUGGUGUACAGAAUGGAUAAAUAUUCUUUUUUUGAAGAGGGGGAAUGCUACAACUUCAGAAAUGUGAUUGUGAAGGAAAACAUGAUAAAAUUCACCAUGAAUAGCAGCACUUCAAAGUUUUGCAAGGAUAAACUUGAUGUUCCCAAAGAGCUGGAGCUGAAGGCUCGGAUGCUGAUUUACGGACAGGAUUCAGCUGUCUGCAGCGAGGAGAUCAAACGUUUGGAUGAGAAGAAGAGAGUCAGUGUAGAAGGAACUGUGACAGAGUUACAAAGCGCUGCCCUCCAGAAAGACCAAAUAGAAAUCAUCGGCAUUAAAGAAACAGGGAAGCUGCGGACAAAGCUGGAUGUUGCUAUAGACGGGCAAUUUAAGGUUUUGUCCGUGAAGUCUGCGGUCCUUGCAGAAGCGCUGGGGAUCCAGCAAGGAUCCAACUUUGAGGACAGAGUUUUGGAGAAAAUCCCUUGCUUGGCAAGAGCUGAAAUAAAAGGAGACACAAUCCUGACGUUCACAGUCUAGGAAAAUGGGGAAAGAGUUCAUAUGUAGGUCUAACUUCAAGGAAAAUGUCUUAUGCUAAUUGUUAAUUUUUGCAUUUAUAUGUCUUUCAGACUGCAGAUGGAAUGAGCUUUUAUAGUUAUAGUUUGGUACAGACCAUCUUUUCUUUGAUUAAUGCUACUGUACACGAUCCCUGUCAAAUAAACUAAAAAAAAUAAAGAAAAUGUGUAUUGACUA